AUGCCUUUCACAGUCCCAGAGCAGAGGCAAGGCGUUACGCACUUAUUUACACCUAAACUGACUGCUUUCGAACACACACCCAAAGCUGCGAACAUAGCACCACCAAACAUCAUCAUCUUUAUCGGUGGUCUAUUCGAUGGUUUACUCACCGUGCCAUACCCAUCAUCAAUCGCAGAUGCAUUACCAGGAGAUUGGUGUCUUGCUCAGGUUCUGCUAAGUUCUGCAUACAUCGGAUGGGGUGUCUCCUCCCUCAAAAAAGAUGCCCAGGAAUUAACUAAAUGUGUCUCCUAUUUCCGAACAAUCAAAUCAGGCAAGAUUGUCUUGAUGGGUCAUUCUACUGGUUGUCAAGAUGUCAUGGAAUACCUAACGGGGCCCGGACAUGAAGCAAAUGCUCCUAUUGAUGGAGGAAUUAUCCAAGCCCCAGCAAGCGAUCGUGAAGCUUUAGGACAGGACCUCGAUGCAGAUGUCUUGAAGAAUGGCAUCGCUUUGGCACAGAAGAUGGUUGAAGCUGGAGACGGCGAGGAAAUUCUACCCUCUAAAGCCACGGAAGGAUUCUUUGGGUCACCUGUGUGUGCGAGGAGAUGGCUCUCCCUAGCAAGUCCAAAUCAUGAUGGAGAUGAUGACUACUUUAGCUCUGAUCUCACAGACGAGCAAUUAAAGAAGACUUUUGGAAGCUUGCCCGCUAGAAGUCCGUUGUUAAUUUUAUAUUCUGGAAACGAUGAAUACGUUCCGAAGUAUGUCGAUAAAGAGGCACUGGUAAAACGAUGGAUUGGUUUUGUGAAGAAGGGAGAUGGAAAAGUCGAUGAGGAGAAUUCAGCUGUCAUUCCUGGUGCUUCACAUAACUUGACUAAGAGUCCUGAAGCUGUACCAGAGUUGGUGAACAGAGUUCUGGGGUACUUGGAGGGGCUGUCUUCGCAAGCUCAUAUGUAA